AUGGAUAAUCCAGAAACUAUUGAUAAAGCUGUCUGGAAUAAAGAAAUGUUGCAUGUCUUUUGUGACCUUUGCAUCAAAGCCAUUGACAUGGGAAUGAGACCGAAUACUCAUUUCGACAAGGCCGAUUGGAAAUAUUUGCAAACAUCUUUCAAAGAAAUAACUGAUCACGCAUUCACAAAGACACAAUUGAAGAACAAAUGGGAUGGCUGCAAAAAGGAUUGGAGGAUAUGGACGAAACUCAUUUCAGAAACUGGUGUGGGCUGGAGUGCAGAAUUAGGGACAAUUUCUACAAGUGAUGUGUGGUGGAAAACAAAUAUUCAGGAAAUAAGAGGUGCAAAAAAAUUUAGGCAAGCUGGUAUCGAACUAUCUUUACGGUUGAAGUUCGACAGAAUGUUCACCAAUAUUAUUGCUACUGGACAGUAUGCAUGGGCACCAUCGGCUGGAAUUCAUCGUGAUGAUAAUGUUGGUGUUGCUGAGGAUCCAAAUGUCAAUGAUGAACAACCUGAUUUGGAAGAAGGAAGCGGUGAUUCAGAAGAGGAUAGAAUUCUAAAUUUCACCGAUGAUGUGUGCAACAUGAGAUAA